AUGGGAAACGAAGUAAAUCAAAGUACAGCGGCAGCCACAGCUCGCGAAUUGAUGACGCAAAAGGAUACCAUUGAAAACCAAAUUAAAGAAUCCGAGCAAGUUUUAAUUGCACAAGGAGUAGGAAUGCAUGAACCUUUGGUCGACAGUGAAGGGUUUCCGCGUGCUGAUAUCGAUCUAAUGGCAUUAAAUUCACACUUUAUUUUGUAG